GAGAGAGAGAGAGAGAGAGAGAGAGAGAGAGAGAGAGAGAGAGAGAGAGAGAGACGGAGAGGAAAGCCCUCCGUCUCGCCUCCUGCGUUCAGCUCUCGUUAAGUCGAAGCGGGCCAGUGACCGCCGUAGCGAGUCUCGGGAGCGCUCUCGGGAGAAAUGAUUGCGCUUGUGUAAUAAUGGGACUUAAUGCACGUAUAAUGAUACCGUAAGACGGCAUUAGUUUGCACAGACGUUGGAUAUAACUUCGCCCGAGUGGUGAAUGAAGAGUGUAGCCGGGGCUAAUUGUCUCAGAAUGUCUGUGCACGCGAAAUAUUAUUCGUUACUGAUAUCGAGGUCUUUCUUUUCCGCUCUUCCACGGGGACACGAUUAGUGUUGCAUCUAGAAUAUUCCAUUAUGAAAGUGUGUAAAGCGACCGAGAGAUGAGACUCGUUCUCGGUGGUAUCGAUUCUCUCGGCCACGUCAUCUAGACGGUAGGCGUGAAAUAAGAUAAGCUCUGAGCGUGUGAAGUACUAUCAGCCUUGACGAGAAGACGAAUUUUCAGCGAGUUUCAGGCCGUAGACUCGGCAACGCCAGGCAAUUUUCCGAAAACCGACGGGAACUUCAAGUUCCAAAUAUAUGCUCAUGCACUAUGUACUUAGCACGGAGGACGCAAUAUCGCGACGGAAUUGUCAUUCGAGAGCGUGCCAGCAUCUCAAGCAGUUAACGCUUUCAUUAACACUUUCGCGAUCUUAAACUCAAAGUUGCAUAUGCGACAAUUGACUUGAGGAUAAAGAUUAGGAGAUUGAUUUUCGCACACCAUUUUGUACGUGUAUCAAGUGAAUCGUCAAAUAUUUUUAUGGUCAUUUUUAAUACAGUCUCAGUACAGUUCAGCUUUACAAAAACAUUGUAAAAGGAACUGAUCUAUUUUUAUCUAAGCUGCCUGAACUAGUGCAAAAAAUUAGAAUAAAAUAUAUUUGUCUUAUUCUAACUUACCGUACUUAUGUGCAAACAGCUAAAAAAAGCAGACCUAUAGUGUGAUUUUAACGUAAUUAUUGCUACAAUAUUUUCUCCUUGGAUGAAAAUGAAAUUUAAUCAUUGUUUGGUGAAUAAUUUGCAUGUCUUGUACGAAUAUGAGAUACUGGACGUCAAGUAUGGCAAAAUAAUGGUUGCGCAAUACCUUCCACGAUUAAGAAGCGCGGUGUCGGGUCAAAAAUCACGAAGACGUAACGUCAACGGUUCUCGGUUUGAGCCACGAAGAGACUAGUACUACGUCAGCGGUCGCGAACGUGUUAACUUCAGAAUUCCAACGCUCGCGCUUAGACACCUAACUUUCUGCAAAGCAAGCGUUUCCGCGGAGUGAGCGAUAAUACGUCUCUCGCGUUGAGUCUCAACAACGCACGUAUUUAUUAACAUAGGUUAUCGAGAGUCGCUCUCGGUGAGAAGGGAGCAGGCGUCACAUUAGCCUUUACGCGUGUACAGAUAAUUAGAAAGAGAAAAAUCAGCGCGGGUCAACGAAAGCAUGAACGAACGCACACACGCACGCACGACUCGCAAAUAUUUUUCUACUAUUUUACAGCGCCGUCCACUCGAGCGUUUUCGACCGGCGUAUUCGACGUGCACCGUGCGACAUUGUAACUGCUCGACUUGUAACGCGCAUCUCGUGCGUGUCGAGAACACGAGAGAGCACAGUUUGUAUAAUUCGACGAGUCUUAAUAAUAAAGUUACGACUUUCAGAAUGCACGUUGGCGCGUUGCCUCCUGCACACCUACUCCAUGUGGCGGUCAAAUGUUUAAUGCGACGCGCGCUACCGCUUCCGAAAGCGACGGGAGCGCAAUCGAUUAUGUAAGGAAUUGCAUUUUGCAACGUGUCGCAGGCGCGAAUGGUGUGAAUCGCGUUAGCGAGUCCGUGUUAAUCUUUGAAAGUCAGAUUUGCAUCGCGCGGAUUGUCUCAUCGUCGAUGCGUACAAUCAACACUGUGCGCUUUAUCGUCGCGAUGCGGUUCUCUAUUUCCAAGUGUCGCGAAUAAAUACGCGCUCGCGCUCUCAAUGUACGUUUGCUCGCGUGAGUAAUCAAUAACACGUCGAAUUGGCCAUAGUUAUGCAAAAAUACAUAACUAUACAACCCAUAAAAUUAUGAUUUUCGAGUUUUUGUUACCGAUGGAUAGUCCACACGUCUUUCUACGUAAAACAAAAAGCAUUUUUAUGGGGGCACCUGAAAUUAAUUAAAAAACAGUUUUAAUUUUCUAUUGUUAUUCUGCGACUUUUCAUUUUCAAUUGUGUUUUUUUCACCUAUUUUUUAAAGAUUAAGCUUGUCAAUAAAUAUCUUUAAAGAGGAGAAAAAUGAUCCUGCUUGACCUUUUGAACGUUUGCCAAAAAACCCAGUGCUAUCUAUACUUUUUAAAGCGUGUAUGGAAUUUUCUUCUUUAUUUUUCCCCGAAUCGUAUGUCAUGUGGGUUGGAUUAUUCUUGCAUAACUAUGGCCGAUUACCGUUGAUGAAGGACUUUAAUUACGUCGAAAAAAAUAUCGGCCUUAUCCUUGGCGAAAUCCUAUUUUAUGUAUGGCCUCGAGAAGAUUUUUUAAAGAGUGAUAUUAUACUUUUUUAGGCAUAUGUUUGUUCGCGAUUGCUUUACGUGAGACACGUACACGGAAUUGGCCGCGAGCCGUGAUCAGUAAAACGACGAAUUACGGUCGAUCAAGGACCGUGAAUUAUUAUUAUAUGAGAAAACAGAUUUUUCAUUUGUUACGUCUGGAAAUUCUUCGUGAGAAUAUAAACGUGAUAAAAUCGCUGCUGCAAACUCGAAAAUGUUUCGAAAAUUUUGGAACACCUCGGUACUGCGGUGCUCGUAACAAAAAACAAGAGAGAGAGAGAGAGAGAGAGAGAGGGAGAGGGAAAGAGAGAGGAAAAAUACUGGCACCUCGUGCGCCCCUACGCAGCUCUAUGCCGGCCUGCGUUUCCGCGGCUGAUGUUGGUCCCGGGCAAUUCCGCGACUGCGUGUCUGGCUUCGCCGGUGCUCGUCGAUAACUGUCCGCACGAUAUAUCCCGGAACGGCGUGCACGUGCCGCAGCAUCAGAAGGAUUGCCUUGAGGCGAUAUGUAAGAAGAUCCCGUUGAGCAUGAUAUCGUAUAUUUUCGUGUAUGUUGCGUUUAGUACGUCUUAUCUGUGAUACCUGCGUGGGGAUUGGGUCAACUGAUUUGACGAAAAUUCAUGAUAAGCCAAAGUUGAUCCGGAUGGGUGUGUAAUGAGGUAUGUCUUGAUAAAAAUCAGAUAUCGAGCGCGUCGCUGAAGAGGGCAACGAGAGAUAAUCUCAAUAAAUAAUCUGAUGUCUGGAGUACGUAAUGCAUGCUGCAUAUUGCAUUCCAAAAUUAAAGAUAGAUGUACUUAUUGUGACCGAGUAUUCCGCAACGUGAGUCACCGCCGUCGCUGCUCUGAUCGGAAAAAUCGAUGUGUCUCGUCCCGCCGCGGGAUCUCCUCGAGAUUUUUCGAGAAUUGCUCCUAUCUCAUUUAGUUCCCUGCUCCGAAACGACCGCUUCGCGGUCUUACCGCGAAUUUUUCUCACUCUUUAAUCGCGCGAUUACGCUACUCCGCGUGCAAAAGAUCUUCGAAGACGACUGCCGUCGAUCUAUAAUCGCACAUCUUGAAAAAAUUCAAAUUUCGUCUAUCACGAUUGCAAUCACAUCUAUGUAGUGAAGUACUUAACGCAGUUAUAACAUGUCUGUAAAAGUUGAAUUGAAAGUAGAAGUGUCAAUAAACACAAGUGUCAGCUUAUCUCAAGUAUCUCAUAAUCAGAUAAAGUCGGAAAAGAUUUCUAGGCGAUCUUCAUCUAAUUCCGCGAUGAACGAUCAAAUCUGGAAAAUUCAGAUCUCGCAAACGUAAUUGCGUCUAUAUUAUUAUAUUAAUUUCCAUCGUCAGUAUUCAAGGUUGUCUGAUAAUAUUCAAUACGUUACGCUCGAAUAUUAAUAUAUUCAUAUUGCUCGAAUAUUAACAUAUUCAUAUUGCGUUCUUAUUUUUGCCACAUAACACGUAUCAGCCAUUACUAUAGAAAUGAAACCGUCGAUAUCCGUCAAUUUUUCAGCUAAUUAUCUCACAAUCAGAUCAAGUCUCAAAAGAUUUCCAGACGAUCUGUCAUCGCCAACUUCGCGUCUCGACGAACGAUCGCGCGAAUCUAAAAAAUUCAGAACUCGCGAACGUAAUUGCGUCUAUAUUAUUACAUUAAUUUCCGUCGUCAAAUAGUUCAAGGCUGUCUGAUAAUAUCCAACUCGUUACGCUUAAAUAUUACUCAACGCAAUAUGUAUCGCGAUGUAUUUGUAUCGCGUUUUUAUUGUUGUCGCGUAACACGUAUUAGCCACUGAGUGGAACUAUCAGUAGUCGAUUUCUCAGCUGAUUAUUUUAUAAUCAAGUAAUCCAAGAGGUUUUCAGGACAGACCUAAUAUCAGCAGUUCUGCGUCUCGACGAACAAUCGCGCGCAUCGCCGGCACGGCGCACGAGUGGAAGUACGCUGGUGGUCGUCGACGACGACGACGACGACGACGACGACGACGACGACGACGGCGGCGGUGGCGGCCGCGACGACGACGUUUGCGCGAAUCUCGUCAGUCGGCGACGGAGUUGCCUGGUUGCAGCGUGGGUGGCACACGCGCGCGCGUCAGCAAGCGGCCUGGGCUCGAUUCGAUUAAACUUCGCCACGACCCUCGCGUCGCUGCUCACCGCGGGGUGAGACCUCGUGCCGGGGCUCGUUAUGCCGAGCGCAAGCCCUCGCACCAGCGUUACGAGGCGAGGUGAAAAUCGGGACACGCGUCGCGUCCACCACGUUGCAGAGGCAGAGGAGCGAGCUGUGUCGUGGACCACGAGGAACGCCUGUCUGCCGUUCGCACGUCGACGACGGGCCGCUACGUCGGAGAGAACGACCAUCGAGGUGGCGCGAAACAGUCGAGCUCGUGGGUGAGUCACGAAGCACGGCGCCCGCUCGAUGACCGCCUUGCCUCGUCGUCGAGAGGACAAAGUCGAGGACGAGGCGAACGGUGAGUCGCGGAGCGACGAAUGUCCCCAUUGUGGCCGACGAUGUUGUGCGCGAGGGCGUCGCGAGACCAACAACAGCGGGCCAUCACGCCAGCGUGCAGUUGAGACGUCCUCGAGGGUGAAUCGAGGACACCCGCGGAGCCGACGGAAGCGCGAGGUCAUGCCGAGGAGGAGUGCCAUCUGAUCGUCCUGCGAUUCAGAGAAAGACGCGACCUCGACAAUAUAAUAUGAUGUGGAAGGCGAAAUGGUCGCGCUUCACCGAGUGCUUCUGCCGAAGACCCAGCCUCGUCCUGGUUCUGCUGCCGUGCCUGUUGAUCAUCACCCUCUACCUCAUCUCCGAGAUAGAUUACGACUACGAGUACGAUGUGCAGUAUCCGUCCUUCAAGUCGUACAACAUCGUGGAAGGUAUGGUAGACGGCUACCUCGUGUGGAAUCCGAAGUGCCACAUGGUGUCUAAAGAGCCUUUGGAUCCGUCCAUCGUGAAGUUCGUGAAGAAAGAGAAGUUGGAGAAAUGCCCGAACGAUCUCAUCUUCACGCAAAUUUCGAGGGAGCUUAACGGCAGCGUGUUCCUCUCCCUUGACUCCGCCAUAACGAACGUGCAGAGCGAUGUCGCCUGUUGCUGGUCGUCGGUAGUCAGGCCGAAAGUGGACAAGCCGAAGAAAAAUAACUACGACUCGACGAUAUCAGUGAAGCAAUGCGAGAACUUCACGGGGCAAGUGGCGUUACCGCACGAGGUCGAGGUUGUGUAUGUGUCGUGCAAGGCGAUGACGUCGAAGGCGGCGAAGCCAAAGGUCAAGGCGAAGACCAAGCAGACGAAGCCUUCGACGAAGACGGUGUACGAGAAUGUUCACGCGAUUUUGAACCCCGAGAAGGUGCGCGAUCGCGUCGAUCAAAACGUUAAUCAGUCAGUCGGCGCCUUCUCGAGGAAACUGAGCGUCCUCAUUCUCGGCAUCGACAGCGUCAGCCGGCUCAACUUCUACAGGACCAUGCCGAAGACCGAGAAAUACCUGCGCGAGACCGGCUGGAUCGGCUUGAAGGGCUACAACAAGAUCGGUGACAACACGUUUCCAAACCUGAUGGCGAUCCUGACCGGUCAGAACUCGCAGCAGGCGUACUCGAGGUGCAAGCCGACAGAGGCCUACAAGCUUGACAACUGUCCGUUCCUCUGGUACAAUUUCCGGAACGCCGGCUACGUGACGGCCUACGGCGAGGACGAGACGAUGCUCAACACGUUUAACUACCUCAAGGUCGGCUUCGUCGAACCGCCCACGGAUUACUACCUGAGGCCCUACAUGUUGGCCAGCGAGAGGCUUCUAAAAGUGAAGAGAAGAUUCAACAUGAAGUACUGCACGGGGCCGGAGAUGAGCUUCGAGCGGAUCUUCGACUAUGCCGUGAACUUCGCCCGGACCUUCGUCGGCGUGCCGUAUUUUGGCUUCUUCUGGACGAACACCAUCAGCCACGACAACAUGAACGGUCUCUCGUCGAUGGACUCGCACAUGCUGCAGCGACUCGAGCUCCUGGAGCAGGAGGCAGUGCUCAACGACUCGAUGGUGGUCUUCCUGAGCGACCAUGGCAUGCGCUGGGGCGCUAUUCGCAAUACUUUCGUCGGCUGGUACGAGGAGAGGCUGCCGUACAUCUACAUUUGGCUGCCCGAGUGGUUCCGCAGGGAAAACCCGGAGGCGCACCAGGCUCUUGAGAUCAACCAGAAUCGCCUCACGUCGCCGUACGAUCUCUAUGAGACUUUUCGGGACAUCCUCGAUUUUGCGGCUGGUGAAGCUGACCCCAGCCCGGGCUGCACCACCUGCCAGUCCCUCUUCGCGCCUGUUCCCAGAGAGAGAGGCUGCCAAGACGCCGGCGUGGCGGAUCAUUGGUGCACCUGCACGGCCUUCAAGUCAACCAACGUCCACGACAGGAUCGUCACUAAGGGCAUUCAGAAGUUCUUGGACCACGUAGAGAAUAUCGUGCGCAAUUACAAGGACAAGAAAGGCCGACGGCUGUGCGCGCGACUCAAACUGAAGAAGCUGCACCGGGUGGAUCGAGUGAUCGACUUCGGCACCGACAACUCGUCCAGCAUCGCCUACUUCUACAUGAUUCAGACGACGCCCGGCAACGGCAACUUCGAGGUCACCAUCAAGUAUCACGGCAACGGCAAUUACACUCUGUCCGACAGCGAGGUCAGCAGGAUCAACGCCUACGGAAUGAGUGCUAGGUGUUUGAAUCGCGGGAUGAAACAGUAUUGCCAAUGCGUCAAGUACACGUAGUGAACUUAUUCGGGUGAACUUUCACCCUGACGUCGUAUGGUCGUCGAAACUUUGCUAGUCCUACAAAUUUAAUUAUUCGUCGAGGGAGAUAGUCGAUUCCCUUUAUCUUUUCGUUUCUUUUCUUUUCUUUAGAUGAGAGUUAGACUCGGUUGAUUUUUUCCCCGAGAAAACGGCUCGUCAAGCAACGAGAACGCACACUGAGCGAAGAUACUUGAAAAUUUAUUUGUGGGAUAUAAAAUUUAUUCCCGCGGAAUAAACUUUGCAUCUCGGAGAUAAAUUUUUAAAUACUUGUCUUUCUGAGUAUUAACACGUUAACUGAAAAUAUUCGGAAAAAUCUCGGGAGAGCUUUUCAGCAAGCUUUCACGACGCGUCCUUUCCGUAACGAUCAAUUCGACUGAAUUCACUUGCCGGGCAAGCUUUUGUGUCGACUCUUUGGUUGUCGAGUUCUUCGGCCACGAACGUGCGACGUGUAUUUGUGUUGAUAUACUUAACAACAUAUCGAAUGCCUAUAUCGAGCGCACAUAUCGAUCGUCUCAAAGAGCCAGUUCUUCGACCACGAACGUAUGUACGACGCAUAUUUGUAUUGAUAUACUUAACAUAUCGAAUGCACAUGUCGAGUGCACAUAUCGAUCGUCUCAAAGAGGGGUCUCAAGCCAGAGGUCUGAGUGAUUGCACGUGCGUUUACUGUACGUUGACGAAGUUUCCCUAUCAAAAGGUCGUGGUAGUAACCUCGCGUUCCAGUGACGCAAACGACAAGUGCUAAUUCGAUAGUCGGUUCUGGCUGACUAUUGACGAGUCGAGGCGGAUUCGUCGCCACAUCGGAAUAAGAUCGUUGGCGAACGACGAUUCGCCAGCUGCGCGCCAGAAACGUUGCCUCGAUUAGCGACGAGCGACGUCUUGUGCUUCGCAGCCAUCACGUUAGAUGUUGGCACGCCAAGUCGACGCCAAAUCGACGGCCAGUGCUUCCGCGAUCACUUUGAGGUACAUUUCGAAUUUUGUUCUCAGCGCUCAGCUGGCUGAGCUCGCCGCGCACUGUUCGUUCACGUGGAUUAAUCGCCGGGAGAUAAUUACGGGGAGAACGAGCUUCGCGGCAAGCGAACCUAAUAGAAAAAUCCCGCGCGCCUCUGUAAUUUAUCUCGCGUAAUUAAUGCGUAUUAUCGCGCGUGUCGAAGCGCUCAUAUGUGCGUGUCGCUCGCGAUUAUUCCUUUCUUCCUCGCCUUCCUCGCUUCCUCUCCACGCACCGUUGCGCGUUCAUCGAUCGCGCGGGCGUUACGAUUGCGCAUUUCGUCUCCCGGAUCGAUAUACGUCAAAGAUGCAUGAGUGCGCGAGGAACGCACAGAUGAUGAGGAGGCCAAGAACGUGGUCGUGUUCGGCUCGCCACGUUUCUUACGAGUGUAUCACAAUUUAGAGGCAUUUAGCUCUGGUUUUGUAAGUAACGCGUGUGCCUGUCUUACAAGAAGUGCCAAAGUCCGUUCGUUCUGUGCUAAAGUCAAAGUGUGAGCACCUCUGCUCCCCGCGCCGACGGCGACCUGACGUGGUGCGACCGCCCUCGCGUACGCGGAGUACGAGGAUUUUACGUGUAUAAGCUGAACAAAGAAACACACACAAAAAGGCCAAUGAACAUAUCGUGACAUAUAUUUUACUACGACGUUACGUUAAGCUUUAACUUAGACGACUCAGUCGAGGACGACGCGAGUCCGACGGCGGUCGUAAGAAAUGUAAUUAUAAUGAGCGUUUUGCGAGUUAUUUGGACCUCUCCGUCGAGAAUCGAGCGAGCCAAAUUGAACAAAAGUCCCAUAGACAGCAGUAGGAUCUAAAGUCGCGAGUAUAGGAACGUUCCUCGUAUUUGUCGAGUGUGUUCGUUCGUUUCCGUGAGAUUCCGCUCCCAAAGACGCUGCGCAAACUUGUGUCCCGCGAGCCUUGAUUGACAGUCGAUCUCGCCCAGAAAGACACAUCCACGAGGAGAAUCGUCCACGGGGAUUCGCAUGCGCACGUCUUUAGUGAUGCGCGAGAGGUAGUGUGCUUUUAUCUAUCCAUUGGUGGAUAGAUUAUUAAAUUAUUAUUAUUACCAAAACGUCACAUACACAUUCUUCGCGUGGAAAUAUUUUUUAUCUUCCCCCUUUUAUCUUCUGUAAAUAAAACCGAUGCAGAAAUAAAGAUCGACGUAGAUAUGUCAUGCGAGCGUGA